AUCAGAAAUUGUAAUGUAGGUAAUUGAUAGGUACAUGUAUUUAAAGACUCGCAUAACUUAAAUAAUUACUUAAGUUGGAAAAAUUAAGUAGGACCACAAUUCUCCAAAUAUUAUGAAAAUGGCGGGAUUAGAAUCAAUGGUAGUUGAAGAAAUUAAACCGACAGAAAAACCGGUGGACAGAGAAAAGACCUGCCCUCUAUUGCUCCGUGUGUUUUGUUCAACUGGCCGACAUAAUUCUCCUGGAGACUAUGUUAGAGGAAACGUACCUCAGAAUGAAUUACAAAUAUAUACAUGGAUGGAUGCUACACUGCGAGAACUUACAGGUCUUGUAAAAGAAGUUAAUCCUGAGACGAGACGGAAAGGCACAUACUUUGAUUUUGCCAUUGUGUAUCCUGAUAUGCGUUCGCCUACAUAUCGUAUGAGGGAAAUAGGAGUUACAUGCUCAGGACAGAGAGGAGGCGAUGAUAACAAGACACUUUCACAACUGAAAUUUCAAAUUGGGAACUAUCUAGACAUCUCAAUAACACCCCCAAACAGAAUGCCACCACCAAUGAGGCGUCCACAACCAUAUAUUAAUAAUCGUCAGUACUGAUAAUUAAUUUUAAUAAAAGAAUGUGUAUCAA